GUGUGCUAUAUUUACGUCGGUAUGACCUCAAAUACCAUGUCCCUAAAUAUAUAAAAAGGAAUUCAGUAAUUUUUCAUCAGAUGAGACAAAAGUAACCACCAUGAAGUAUCUACAGAUUUUCCUUAUCCUUGUGAUUGUUGGGUUGGGUCUGGCAGGAAAAGAUUCGGCAGAAAAUGACGUACCCCAACCUCCGCCUCUCAAAAGCUGCUCUUUCGACAGUGACUGUGACGACCUGGAGAUAUGUGAAGAGAUUCCGGACCUGGGGGAGAGCAUGUGUAUUCCGGGAGUUGAGGAGGCACAACAACAGAACAGCAACUGGUAUGGAAGAAGAUUCCAAAGGAUACGGUUUAACAGAAGAUUUCAUAGGAGGAGGAGGUAUUGGAGAAGAUAUCAGAGGCUUAUAAUUUGGAGGAAAUAUCAUGGAAAGUAUUAGAGAAGAUUUCAGAGGAAAGGGUUUAUAAAAGACCUUGAGGGGAUUUGGUCGCAGCACUGUCUACGCUGUAGAAAGGAAAUGGGCCUCGGAAAUAACUACAGAGACAUCAUUCAAAUAUAACUUUUUUUCCGAAUGAAGAAUCAAAAAUCAGUUUUACAGUAUUUAACGACAUUUAAACGUUUCAAUGCAUUGAAUAUUACUGCACUGAAUUUACCAAAACUACGAUGAUCGCAAUACCAUUUGAUAACUUGACGCCAUCCGGCAAAAUUAAUGCGUUAUGUGGAUCAAGUAAUUUUCAAUUACUUGAAAAAUCCUUUUUUUAACUUGAAAUAAUAUUAUCAAUUAUGUGAAAUGCAUGAUUUUCUUUUCAUUGUUUUCGUUGAAUAAUUUUAUUCUAAUCAUUGUUUGGAAAGUAUACAUGUAUUCAAUAAUGCCAUUAUAUCUUUUGUACAGGAAAGAAAAUGUUUACAUCACACGCCUCAAUAAAACAUCAAGAACUGA